AUGUCGUCGCGCUCCCACAUUCACUACGGCUCGCUGGCGGAGGUCGAGCGGGACCGCUUGGCGAAGCUCGAGGCAGAGACCAAGCAGAAGCUGGAGAGCCUGCGCGCUGCAACCAAGGGUGGCGCGCCGGCCGCGAGCGCGCCGGCGGCGCCCGAGCCUGAGACGAUCGAGCUGUCCGGCUCGUCGCAGCAGGCCAUCGCGCGGCAGCAGGAGUUGAAGGACACGCUGGCGAAGCGGAAGCGCGCGCGUGAGGUGCCUCGAGCCCGCAAGCCACCCGCCCCUCUCCCUCGCCCCUCACCGCGCGAGCGGCUGCGCGACGUGUUGGCGGCCGCCAUCGACCUCGGCGAGCCCGGCGACGAGCUGCGCGGCGCGCAGACGAUGCUGGACGGGCCGAGCAAGGCGGCGGCGCUGUCGCACGAGGCUGCGCGGCCGGCGGAGUGGCAGGCGGAGAAGCAGAAGGAGGAGUUCUACACGGAGGGGUCGCAGGCGCUGCGCGCGGCGCGCAUCUGGGUCUGCAAGGACUCGAUGCGCCGGGCGGCGGCGCGCCUCGCGGACGAGCGCGCCGCCGUCGAGGCUCGCUGUGCGGACGUGACGGGCUUUGAGCGCGACAACGCGCUGCUCGCCUCCAAGCUGAGCGGCGUGCAGAACCAGCUCUCCAACUUCGGCGACGAGCGGCCCGUCUCGUACUGCGCCUUCGCCCCGGGCGGCGGCACCUGCGCCACCGGCUCGUGGUCGUCGGUGAUCAAGCUGUGGUCCGUGCCGGACUGCACGCAGGUGGCGACGCUGCGGGGCCACACCGAGCGCAUCUCGGGCCUCGCGUGGCACCCGCAGGCGGACAAGCGCUCCUCGGGCGAGGCGGCGCUCGUGUCGGCCGGCUGCGACUCGCUCGCCAAGCUGUGGAGCUCCUCUGGCCAGGAGCUGGGCGAGCUGCGCGGCCACGCCUCCCGCCUCUCGCGCGUCGCCUUCCACCCGUCGGGCCGCUUCAUCGGCACGGCCUCCUUCGACACGACGUGGCGGCUGUGGGACGCCGAGCGGCGGGAGACGCUCCUGCUGCAGGAGGGGCACACCCGCCCCCUCUACGCCAUCGCCUUCCACCCGGACGGGUCUCUGGUCGCGACUGCCGGGCUGGACGCGCUCCUCCGAGUCUGGGACCUGCGGACCGGCAAGUGCGUGCAGCUGCUGCACGGGCACGUCAAGCAGGUGCUCGGGCUCGACUUUGCGCCCACCGGCACCAGCCUCGCCUCCGGCUCCGACGACCACACCGUCCGGCUCUGGGACCUGCGCAAGAAGCGAUGCGCCUACACGAUCCCCGCCCACUCGGCGCUCAUCUCGCACGUCAAGCUGUGGAGCACCAAGAGUAGCGCGACUCCGGAGCUGAUCAAGACGAUGGAGGGGCACGAGGGGCGGGUCAUGUGCGGCGACAUCUCCGACGACGGAAAGCACUUUGCAACCGCGGCUAUGGACCACACGUGGAAGCUCUGGGGCACGGGGUAA